CUCACUCGCCGCGUCUCGCACUGCCCCGUUUGGACUGCAGCGCGUGAGCCUCGGCGACGGGAACAUGCUGGUGGCGCCGUCCGGAGCUGUACGGAUGUCCCGGAAAAGACCCUCAGAGCCGGCCCCGCUGCCCAGGGACGCCCCGGAGAGGAAGAGGGCUUGCUGGGGGAUCCUGAUCAGCCAAGGGUCCUGGGCAGACCGCUCUCCGCUCCAUGAAGCAGCCUCUCAGGGUCGUCUGCUUGCUCUGCGGACUCUGCUGGCUCAGGGGUAUCACGCCAACAUUGCGACCAUCGAUAAUGUGACUCCUCUCCACGAAGCCUGCCUGUCGGGACACGUGGCCUGUGUCCGAGCUUUGAUCAGUGCUGGAGCUAAUGUUAACGCCGCCACCUUCGAUGGCAUCACGCCGCUGUACAACUGCUGUUCGGCCGGGAGCGUCGGCUGUAUAGAGCUGCUGCUGCAGAACGGAGCACACACACAUACGCUCCACACACACCUGCCCUCAGCUUUACAUGAAGCCUGUAAGAGAGGUAAAAGUCAGUGUGUGGAGUCUCUUCUCACUCAUGGAGCCGAUCCGGACCAUCAGGUACCUCACCUGGGUUCUCCUCUGUACGUCAGCUGUCUGCACCGACACACAGACUGCUCAAAGAUCCUGCUGCACACAGGAGCCAGUGUCAAUGUGGGCAGAGGAGGUGACAGUCCUCUGCAUGCAGCGGUCAGACAGGACAGCAGAGAUCAGGUGGCCAUGUUACUGGACUACGGUGCCAACGUCAACUCCAGAGACGAAGGCGGUCGGCGGCCACUAGAGCUGGCUGCUCCUGGAGGACCGACCCAACAGCUGCUGGUUGCAUUUGAAGGUUCUCCCAGGAGUCUCUGCCAGCUGUGCCGACUGCGGAUCAGGAAUGUGAUUGGUCGGUGCAGACUGAAGCAUCUUCCUCGCCUCCCUCUUCCUCACCUGCUCACCCAGUAUUUGGAGAACAUGUAGAAGGAUACACAAGAAUGCAGCGCAGCAGGAAACUGAUGCUGAUCUCAUGCUGGAAGUCAGGAUGCUGGAUUCAUAUCCUCAUACAGGACUGACUGUCUCUGGAACUGGAACAGUUUUCUGAACAGAGCUUGAUCUGUUUACUGUCUCUGGAUUGUAGUCAUCGUCCACUGGAACGUAACUUCUCUUUUAUCUGUGUGUACAAAAUUUACAAACUGCUGAGCGAUCAUUUCAGUGAGUCUGAGGGUUUCUGCUGGUGAUGAUCUCACCUGCUGUUCAGUUCCUCUGGAGUUAAACCCGAGCCUGGAAGACCUCCAUGUGAGCUAAAUAGACACAAUCACAAUAUUAUAGUGGUAAGAAUUCUUUUAAUCAGACAAGUUUUUUUUCUUUUUUUUUUAAGGUGUUGUAAUUUCACCUUGACAUGUUUCGACAAGCCAAAAGAUAAAUAGAUGACAUACUGGAAAAAGUCAAAUCUGGCCACACACAGCUCACAGAUUAUUUAAACCAAAUGGACAGCACUGGGAGCAUCAGAUUCACACACGAAGAGGAAACAAACCGAACCAUAAACUCCCUGGACAUGAAAAUUCACCACAAAGACGACGGGAGUAUAAAAAACACAGCAUGCAGAAAAACCACACACACACACGAUCGAUAGUCAGGACACUUGAUGAACAGGCCCGCAUCGUCACAGAGGAGGAAGACGGCCAUGAGGAAAAAGAACAUACGACACGCACUGACACACUGCCAACAUCCAGAAUGGGCCAUGAUCAAAGAGACAAAACCCAAACAAAAACAGCAGCCAGGACAUGGCGACCAUACCUUACAUCAGGCGUAUCAGUGAACGCUCACAGAGGACAAUGAGACAACACAAAAUCAAUACAAUAGAAACGCCACACAUAAAACUUCGCCAGCUCCUGGUACACCCAGAAGACAAGACUGACUCGGACCAAAAGUGCUAUGUAAUAUAAGAAAUCUCAUGCAAAAUAUGUGAAAAAAAAUGUACAAAGGAGAGACAGAGAAGAUUUAACACAAGUAAAAUCAAACUCAGAAUGAAUGUGAAAAAGAAUCAAUGGGACGACUUUCAAGAUCACAAAAAGAAAAAGCAGGAAAAGUGAACCUAAAAUCAGCCCAGUCAGAUCAGUGCAAAAGAAAAACGCCAUGUCAUGGACAACGCAAAAGUCAUCGGAUCAAAGAGCAACAAAUUCAGACGCUGGAUUAUGGAGGCCAUAGAAAUCAGGAAGCGAGCCAAGAGCCGAAUCAGCUGUGAUGAGGGGGCAUCCAUGCUGUCCCACGUGGGAUUCUCUUCUGACCAUCGGGCGGCAGGAGGCGUCACCAGCCGGGCAAAAUCUGUCAGGAUGCCGGGCUGGAUACCGUCAGCUGAUACAGACAACACAUGACACACGUCAGAUGACGUUUUCUGAAGAAAACUGAACUUCCAGUCGAAACAUGUCAAAGUAAAAUUACAGUCCUUAAAAAACUCUGUCAGAAGAAUUCUUACAACUACAACUGGAAGAGACACAAUGAACCCAGCCACGCAAUCACAAUAUUAAUUAAAUGUCCAGAGUAAAUAAACUACAAAAACAUCUUACACACUACUGAUGAUAUUUUUUUAUUCAGCGUUUUUUUUUUUUUGGGACUCAUCUGUGCUUUAUUGUCAUGUCAUUUGAAUGAUCAAUAAAUGAUGUUUUGCUGCAUGAAAA